AUGCUCAAAGAUGCCAUGGAAAAUAUGCUAGAAAAGGAAAUAGAAGUAAUAACACAAGUUAAGACUGCCAAAAAACUUGGAGAAAAAACAUACCUAGUCGAAUUUGAGAAAAUAGAAGAUACAGAUCAAGUAAAUAAACCGAAGAAUAAUAAAAAAGAUAAGAUUUUCAUUAAUGAAGACAAAACAAAAAUGGAAAGAGAAAAGGAAAAACAAAUAAGAAAGACUGCGAAAGAAGAACAGGAUAAAGGAAAAAUUGCUAAGAUAGGGUACAACAAAGUUACAAUAGAUGGGAGAGAAUGGAAGUGGAAUUAUACCACUGGAGAAUUAGACUUUGAUAAAUCAAAAAACUAG